AUGUCGCGACGAUUCCCGGAGCCCCCCACCAGUCCCGGACUGCCGCCGAGCCCUGAGCUCCUCAGGUCGAGGAUCCGGGAGAGCACGACCCCCCGGCCGAUAAUCCCCCCGCCGCCCCCGGACGCGUUCGUCGUCCGUCCCUUCCGCGACGCCCCCAACAGCGGCAUGUCGCCCGAAGACCGCCAGCGCCUCGACCAGUACCUCAACUACUCCCUCAAAAUCCUCGAGGGCUGGCUCGCCGAGCGCCUCGCGUCGACCAAGAGCACGAGCGACGCGCUCACGCGGCACAUGCUCUCGCUCGAGCGGAACACGCAGCACGUCACGACGGUCGCCACGCGCACGGAGCUCGCGGUCGCGGGCGUCGCGGGCGACACCGCGGCGCUCACGCGCGCGGUGGAGGGCAUGAGCGCGGGGCUCGCGGUGCUGCGGGCGCGCGUCGCGGGCGUGGAGGAGGCGGUGGGCGCGGUGAUGCGCGGGAACGAGGGGUACGAGAGCGCCGCGCGGACGGUGAGCGGGUUUAUCGGGGAGCUGGGGGGGUUGAUGGUGGCGAUGCAUGAGAUGACGGUGCAGCAGCAGGAGCUGAUCGCGUCGCUGCGGGAAAGGGCGGCGGCGCAGAGGGAGAUGGCGGAGAAGGCGUGCGGAACGGAGACUGGGGAAGGCGCCACGGAGGGUGGGGAGCCCGGCGAGUCGCAGGAUUAG